AAGUUUAUGAUAUGUUUGGCGUGAUUUUUACCGGUCAUCCAGAUUUGAGAAGAAUCUUAACGGACUAUGGGUUCGAAGGGCAUCCUAUGCGAAAAGAUUUCCCACUAACCGGUUAUGUUGAAAUACGGUAUGAUGAAGAAAGAAAGCGCGUCGUUGCAGAACCUUUAGAAUUGACACAGGCCUUUAGAAAUUUUGAAGGAGCGGCAUCACCGUGGGAACAAACUG